AUGGCUGAACCAAGUGUUGCCGACACAAUCAGCAUUUUGAGGGGGUUGAAAGAGAAUCAACCUGAAGAAAUUGAUAAUCUAGAAAGGAAGAGUACUCAAUUGGAGGUUGAACUCCAUGCUCUUGAGAAGGAGAAGGAUAAAGCCAGCAAAGCUCGGCUUGUUGAAGUAAGAAAGGAAUUCAAUGAUUUGAGAGAUAAACUCCAGCCUUUGAUGAUGAGAUACAGAAAGGAGAAAGAAAGAAUUGAUGAGCUCCGGCGCCUCAAGCAAAAGCAGGACGAGCUUUUGUAUGCCUUGCAGGAAGCUGAAAGAGAUAUAAUCUUGCUAGAGNUGUUUCGAGGUAACAUUGGAAAGCGAGGUUCAUAUAGAAAGUAA